AUCUCAAGAAGUUGCACAGCUGAAUCAACCCCCAAGGAUGAGUUCCACCCCAUCUGAGAAGGACAUCCCUGUCCACACGGAGAAUGUCACCCGUAACAGGGUGCAUACGGAAGACGCACUCCACUACGAAGUCAUCCAAGAAGAUGUCCAGGUCGAGCAGCUAGUCAGUGAAGUGCAAGCUGUCGAUGAGGCGAAGGCCCGUGAGCUCCAAGCCGAACUCGCAGCCAGCAGCCAGCAGGGCUACCAUCCUAUCACUCCUGAGGAAAGGAAGGCACACAAUAGCCUCAACCUGAAGUUUGAUCUUCUCGUCGUUCCAUUCUGCGCGCUGAUAUACCUGUUCAAUGGUCUCGAUCGCAGCAACGUCGGUAAUGCGGUGACAAACGGUUUCAUCACGGAUCUUAAUCUCCCAGCAAACUCGGUCAACACGGCGACAACUCUCUUCUUCGCGACCUACGUCCCUUUCAUGCCUAUAUCCGCGUCCAUUGGCAAGCGGGUCGGCCAAUCUUACUGGCUCGGCGUGAUGGGUGUGUGCUGGGGUAUCCUCACUUUGGGACACACGUUUGUGAAGACUCAGGGACAACUGAUUGCCAUUCGUCUCCUCAUUGGGGUCGCAGAAUCUGGUUUCUUCGCGACAGCCACGUCAUACAUCGCGCUCUUCUAUCCGCGUCACAAUCUCGCGCUCCGUAUCGCAUUCUUCUACUUCGCGUUCGCCAUUGCCGGGGGAUUCGGUGGUCUUAUCGCAUACGGAUGUUUCAGUAUCAACGGCAAGCUGUGGGGAUGGCAGUAUCUGUUCAUUAUCGAGGGUGUCCUUUCCAUCCUCAUCGCGAUUGUCACUCCCUUCUGGCUCCCUGUCAGUCCUGGCCGUGCAUGGUUCUUGACGAAGGAGGAGCGUCACUACGCCGAUAAGCGCAUGGUCAUUGACGCUGCAGCCAACACCGAUUCUACAUUCCGUCUUUCGCGGCGUGAUGUUGUCGAGGCAUUCAAAGAUUGGAAGAUGUGGAUCAUGCUCCCAAGCAACAUCUUCGCCACCCUGGGCCCUGCUGGCUUCUCCAUUUUCUUCCCUGUUGUCGUCAAGGGCCUUGGGUACUCCGGAGCUCUCGCGAACCUCAUGACCGUCCCACCUUAUGUUAUCGGUGCAAUCACCGUGCUGUGUAUGGCUUACUCCUCCGACCGCUUUAAGGAGCGCACUUACCACACUCUUGCCGGUGUCACCGUCGUCAUCAUUGGGCUGGCCUUGGCCAUUGGUAUCCCCCUGGAGAAUACAAAGGGACGCUACGGCGGCCUCAUUAUCCUGCUCAUGGGAACUUUCGUUUCCACGCCAAUCACCACAGCCUGGAUCGCUGGUAACACGCCCGAACCUGGCAAGCGUACAGUUGUUCUUGCCAUCAACGGGUGGGGCAACAUCGGCGGUAUCAUCGGCUCUGAGAUCUACAUUCCCCAGUACGGACCCGAUUACCGUUAUCCUCUCACGAUCUCCCUCGUCCUUCUCUGCUGCUGCUGGGUCGGUUACGUCGUGGUGAAUUUGUACCUGCGCUAUGUCAACCAUACCCGUGCGAAGAUCGUUGCCAAUAUGACGCCCGAGGAGCUCGAGCGCGAGAACAAGGAUGCCACGCGCUAUGCCGAUAAGAAGUUGACCUUUGUUUACGGCCUGUGAGCGCGGAAAUGCCCUCCUGAAGUAAUCAAAACUGCUGGACAAAUGGUGCAUUUGUGGUAUGAUACAACGUCGUGGAUUUCCACCUUCCCUUUUUUGCUCUAACAAUAGGUUAAGAACGCACGCGAUGUUUUUUGGUUUGUGUAUUCACCAUGAUCUGGAUGUAUCGUCACUUCUCAUUUUGAACGAUCUUGUAUGUACGUUA